CAAAACUUUACUGUUCCCUGAAUCCAAAUCCGUCGAACACAAACUCAAGCUCUCUCUAUAUAUAUGAAUGAAAAACAGAUAAAAAAAAAAUCAUGUCUGCGUUUUAAUCCCGUUUCAGUCGUUAGUGUUCACUCUCACUCAUUCAGCGCCGCACCGUUCUCUGCACUUCCCUCGCCGCUGUGUCCAAACCGUCGCAGGUACAGAAAGAAUUGAAGAAAACACUCUGAAUAGUAAAUGAUACAAUAGAGGAAAUAAGAGAAUUCUGAUGAAAAGAAACAUGAUGCUCAAUGGGAAGGAAUGUACGCUGGUGCGACGCUAAGAAGAAACACAAUAUGCAGCAAAUGUGAUUAGGGUUACUUGUUUUGAAAAUGAAAAUUUUGGGCCUAACUUGUAUCACAUGACCCAUUAUCAUGUUUUUCCAGCUACUGUUUACAGCUUGAGUUUUCCUAUUAGUUUUCAAGAAUGAGGAUUGUAAAGGAAGAAACAUCAAGCAAUGCUGCACAGGUUUCAGGCAUGAUAUCAGCAGUGACAGAAUUGCAAGGUGUUGCCUCUCUGGAACUUAAUAAAUUAUUGAAGGACUCCGAAAAUUUUGUUAUUAACUACCUUACUGAAAAAGGAUCAUUGCUGAAGAUUGACAUGGAAAAGCUUGCAGGAUCUCUUCCAUCACACCUUGCUUCAACGAUUAUGACAUCCCAUAAAGUUGAGGACAGCUUCAGAUACUUGUUAUGUGGCGUUCGACUCUUGCAUUCCUUGUGUGAUUUAUCAUCCCGAAAUUCUAAAUUUGACCAGAUUUUUCUAGAUGAUGUUAAAGUGAUCGAACAGCUGAUUGAAAUGGUUUUCUUCACACUAACUGUUCUUGGUGGUUAUAGACAGGAAGGCCAUGCUUUUAGUCAUGUGCACCUUUUGCAUUCAACUCUUGUAGCGUGCAAUUUAUAUCUGAUAACAGGGUUUAUUUCAACACAAUGGAGAGAUAUUGUACAAGUAUUGCUUGCACAUCCCAAGGUUGACAUAUUUAUGGAUGCUGCUUUUGGAUCAGUUCGUGUGGUUGUUAGGUCUGUUGAGACUACACUGGCAACUUAUAAUGAAGAUAUGUCCACGGAAUCAAAUUCGACAGCAGAAAGAGUAGUUUAUUAUCUCUGCCAGCAGUGUGAAGCUUCUUUGCAGUUUCUUCAGUUAUUAUGUCAGCAAAGAUUGUUUAAGGAGCGCCUUCUUAAGAAUAAGGAAUUAUGUGGAAAGGGGAGCAUUCUUUUUCUUGCUCAAUCCAUCUUGAAGUUACACAUUCAACCAUCUACACCGAAUAGAAUCGCAGCAGCUAUUUCUAGGCUAAAAGCUAAAGUACUUUCUAUUUUGCUGAGUUUGUUUGAAGCAGAAAGCAUUUCUUAUCUUGACGAAGUAGCCAGCUCAACAAACAGUCUAGAAUUGUCUAAAUCUGUUGCAUUUGAGGUUUUUGACUUGUUGAAGAAAGCAUUUGGAAGAAAUCCCCGACAUCUCACUGCUAACAAAAGUCACCCAAUGGGGUUUGUACAGCUCAACGCAAUGCGUCUAGCUGACAUUUUCUCGGAUGACUCAAACUUUCGAUCUUACAUGAUACUUUGUUUUACUGAAGUUCUGACAGCAAUAAUUUCACUCUCCCAUGGAGAUUUUAUAUCCUGUUGGUGUUCAUCGAAUCUCUCAGAGACAGAGGAGGAUGCAAGUCUUGAGUAUGAUAUAUUUGCUGCUGUUGGAUGGGUUUUGGAUAAUACUUCACCAGAUGUUAAGGAUGUCACAAAUUUGGAAUUCAACUUAAUCCCAAACAGCAUGCUUAGAGCUUCUUAUGCACAUCAUAGGACAUCAUUAUUUGUCAAGUUCUUUGCAAAUCUUCAUUGUUUUGUUCCCCAUGUAUGCGAAGAGAAGGAAAGGAACCUUUUCGUUCGCAAGGUCCUCGAGUGCUUGCAAAUGGAUCUAUCUAACUUGCUGCCUGGGUUUUCUUUUGAUUCGGAUGCUCCUAAAGUUUCCACUGCUAGCAAGAACCUCCGCUCAUUGUUAAGUCAUGCAGAAUCUCUGAUUCCGAACUUCUUAAAUGUGGAGGAUGUACAACUUUUAAGGGUGUUUUUUGGCGAAUUACAAUCACUAUUUACUUCAAAUGGAUUUGGAGGAAAUCGUGUUCAAGAUAGCAAAUUUGAGGAGUCGUCUUGGGAUAAGUUUUCUAAACUCAACAUCAAUGUGUGUAAUCAGGAAGCUCAAAGUGUUGGCGGGUGCCCAUUACCUUUAACUGGUAAAGAACCCUCUGAUCUUGAUAAGGGUGGUAAAGUCAAGGAGGGAAUGUCGGAGAAUUCUGCAUAUUCAAACUCGGGACAACAUAACCCGAGAGCUGAAGACAGAGUUCAAGGCAAUGGCUUAAAUAGGCAAAGUCAGGUAGAAAAUAAAGGCAUAUCUGGUAAAACAACAUCAGGAGGAGCAAGAGAUACGAACAAGGAUGCUCAUAAAAUUGAAACAAGUGGUUCAGAUGCAAGUUCUGCAAAAGGAAAGAAUGUUGUUGAUCAUAUGCAUAAUGGUGGGCUUUCAAAACCAAAUGAUCGUCUUAAAAAAGUUGCAGUUGAAGAAAAUCCAGAGGAUGAAAAGAAUGAGUUUGCACAGAGGAAAAAACGAAAACGAACUAUAAUGAAUGAUAACCAGGUGUCACUGAUAGAGAGGGCACUCUUAGAUGAGCCUGAUAUGCACCGAAAUGCAGCUUUACUUCAAUCAUGGGCUGAUAAAUUAAGUACUCAUGGUUCUGAGGUUACAUCUUCACAGCUUAAAAAUUGGUUGAACAAUCGAAAAGCUAGGCUAGCUCGUACAGCUAAGGAUGUUCGAACAGUAGCAGUUGAUGUUGACAAUCCAGUCUCAGAUAAGCAGGGAGGGCCAGCACUUGAGUCUAAUGUCUCACCUGAUGGUCCAGGUCAAUAUGUUUUGCUUGUUGGCGGGCAAGGAGAGGAGAUUGGCAAAGGAAAGGUGUUUCAGCUGCAUGGUAAGUGGUGUGGGAAGAGCUUGGAGGAAUUAGCAACUUCUGUUGUGGAUGUUUGUGAGCUCAGGGUUGAUAAAGGGUCGCGGUUACCCUACCCGUCAGAAGCAACUGGCACAACAUUUGCAGAGGCUCAAACAAAGUUCGGUGUCAUGAAAGUAUUAUGGGAUUUAAACAAAAUAUUGGUGUUGUGAUCGGACUGAGUUCAUGAUGCUUCAGUGGCUGCAUCUGUUCCUUUGCUACCUGCUGUAAUUAUCGAUCUUGAUUGCGGGUUCCAAAUCUGUGUAUCUGUGUUGUUGUUUCAUAGACAUUAGCUGAAAGAACAAAUUCCAAACCCCUGUGCGUACAUGUGUUAUAUAUGUGUUGUUGUUCCAUAGACAUUAGCUGAGAAGAACAAAUUUACCAAGUAGAAAAGUAAAGAAGAUAGUUAUAGACAAAUCAAGGGUGAUUCGGCAAUGAUAGUUUAGGAUUUAAUCAAGAAACCAUAACCGGUUACAAAAAUGUUUAGAAAGGUCUUAUACAGGUCUUUUUGGAGGGAAGUAGUGGACUUGAAUUCACAAUAAAUUAACAUUUGCCAAUCAAGCUCAUCUUAUGUUAUGAGUAAUAAUUUCAAAAACAUUACAAUUUUAAGAUUUUUAAUCUUCGGAUUAGUUGUUAAA